AAGUACAACAUCCCUCGAUGAAAGUUGAGAACUUUUUGUGGCUUCGAACAAAACCCCAUUAUUCCUAAACUACAGCUGUAUGUACCCGAAACUCUUGAUAAUCUCAGAUAUACCUUGUGAAGAGUUUUCAGACAGUUGAGUUGCUGGAGAUGACAUAGGCGAAGCAAUUAGGAAUGGCUCAACAACUCUAUGGUGUUUUCAGGCAUUAUUCCUACUUAUAUUAAAAAAAAAGAAAAAAAAAGAAUGUUAACAGUUAGAUUUGAAUUGAGUGUGCAGAGUGAAACAUACCGGUAAUUUUGGGUCCAAAAUUGAAACUCAUGUAGUAAGGUGUAAAAUGAAAAGGAGCGGUAGUUUGUGGUGGGUAGAAGGCAUAUUUUUGCCAAAAAUAUCUAUAUAUAUAAACCUAUAUCAUUUGGUAUUUGCCAUUUUCAAAUUUGCAUGCUAAAUAUAAUGUGUAGAGUUGAAUGAAUGGGUUUUUUUCAAUAGUGUGGCCAUACUUCAUACUUGCCUCUAGGGAACAUUUUCUGUAUUUUUGUUCAAGGAAAAGCUUUGAUUGGGGCCCCAUCUAGACUUGUGUCUGGUUAACUUGCCAAGAAUACACUCAUCAUCUCUGUUGCUCACUUGUGAAAUAUGAUCAUCUAUCUCUUCAGCUUUAACAUGUUGGCUUCAGUGACUAGGCCUGCUAAAAUUUUAUGUAGGCAAAGUUCGUUUUCUGAAUGUAAAUCUACACCCCAAGUGGUAUUAUUAUAUUAAAAAUCUUUCCUAUCCACUGCAUAUGUGCAAGGUUUUUAUUUCUCCCUUCAAUUGAGCAAUUUGACGGAGUAGAUGAUUUUACCCUUUCACAUAUUAUGUGGUGAGCCCUUAUAAAAGAGAAUGUGUUUGAGAAACGAGAAUGUGUUUGAGCUGAACUAAAAGUUUUCCUGUCUUUUGUACAGAGCUCCGCCGAGAUUUAGUUUUGAAGUGAGGUUGUUUUCAUUUAGGAAUUCAUCUGAUUAUGUCUAAAUGUCAGUUUAAGUACUAUCAACUAUGAUUUCUGUUAUCUUUCAGUUUUCUGGAAACUGCCUCUCCCAAUUUUCAAGAGCCAAAGAAUCACUUGUAGUGAUGUCACUGAAGCCUUUGGACAAUGUUAUUCUUCAUCUUAUAAUUUGUCAUUCUCAAAUCACACUUACUGAUGUGUCAUAUUUUAAGUAGUUUUAUAUUUAUGCUUCACCUUGAAUUACUUGAAGUGCACAUGUGGGAAACUCCUUAUUGAGGGCCUAUGCACUCUUAUGAUCAGUCGGGACUUUGUUCUUGGACACCUAGUACUAAUAAAAAAAAAAUUGUCACGCAACAUGUACGAUUAAGGAUUACAAAAUCUAAGAUGAAGAAUAACAUUUUCCUUUCUUCUAUAUUGAAAGAUUUUGUUGCUGAGUUCAUAUCUGACAUCCUAACUUUACUGGGGAAGGUUUUUAUUGUCUCUUCCAUGCAACAUCGUGGCUGAGAACGAUUCCGUCUAGGGUUUGGACUAGGGAACCAUAUACUUUACCUCUAGUACUCCAUGUGAAACAUAGGCAGUUUUAUAAUAUAUUAUAAAACAAAAAAUACCAAAAGUUGCAUAAUUGUUUGGAGCUCAGGAUAAGUAAAGCAGUAGCCAAAACGAUGGCCUGUGAGGAGAAGACUCUGGUUGAAAUCUUGGAAGAGCAUAAUCCGAUUGACCUUGCCAAAUACAUAAACUAUGUAAGUGCUCCCCAAGCUGGUGCCAUAGCAACCUUUUCUGGCACAACACGCGAUUCUUUCGAUGGCAAAACAGUCUUGGAGCUGAGAUAUGAGGCGUAUGUACCCAUGGCAGUUCGAUGCCUUAAAUCCAUUUGCUCAUCUGCUAGAUCCUCCUGGAAUCUCCACUCCAUUGCAGUUUCUCACCGCCUGGGCCCAGUUCCAGUUGGAGAAACAAGCGUCUUCAUUGCAAUCUCAUCAGUUCAUCGAAUUGAUGCAUUGGCUGCUUGUAAGUAUGUGAUUGAUGAAAUAAAGGCAUCGGUUCCAAUAUGGAAGAAGGAGGUAUAUGCUAAUGGAGAGAUCUGGAAGGAGAAUUCUGAGUUCUUAGAGAGGAGGCUGGAGCUUGGAAAAAAUGAUGGAGGCAGCUGUGGAAAAGCUUCUGAGUUCAAGGCACAGGAUAGAAAGGGCUGCUGUGGGGCUAAGGUUAAGGUGAAUGAGGAAGGAGUUGCCAACAUCAGAACCGAUCACGUAGGGUCCAGUGAAGCUGAGUAUGGGGAAGACCCCAAACGUUUGCAGUAAUCUUUCUUUUUUGUAAUGGUUUUCUGAUUCUUGUAAUUUUAGACCUGGAAUUAUUAAACCUUUUGUCUUAAACCUAGUGUUUGAGGCCUUGAGACUUGAGAGCAUUCAAGAUUUGAGUAACGCAAGUUCUUGAAAA